CCGUAUUUAAGAAUAUUUGACUCUUACGACGACGGUCAUUUGGAUGGGUGGAGGAGUCCAAAGUGCCCGAAAUAAACCCCCGACCUUUGGCUGGCGCUGUGCUAUCGGCGGGGGAAACUGAGGCAGGAACCUAGCAAACACCGGACUGUCCAACCGAGCUGACCCGCACCAAAUACAAGCAAUUAACCAGAGGGAAAGAGGAAAACGCCAGACAAUGUGGACUGGACGGCUGGAAUCGUCUGUCAUUGUGUUAUUUUUAAUGUGCGCGGGAUUACACGCCCUCAGUGUCCGUUUCCCCCAUUUUUCAAAUCCCAAGCACAGAGCAUUGUUGCACAAGAGAGGAUCUGGAGGUAACCCAUGCCCUGCAGAUAAGCCAUUCCUGUGUAAAGUAACUCCCAAAUGUAUACCACUGGAGUAUGUGUGUGAUGGUAACUUCGACUGUGACGGAGGCUUCGAUGAAAACGAGGCUGUAUGCAAUGCGGCCAACCGACCGCCAGUCGAGGAACUUUGGGAGUUCCUAGAAAAAGAACAUAGUUGGAUUUUACCGAAGCUUUUUGAUGGAAUAGACGCAGAAUUCGUCGCCCAUAGCCUAGCAGUAAGCCCAGAUGUUCACGAUGUCCAGCUCGUUUUGGGCCUGAGCGAUACCGCAGUUAAUAACAUCAAAACAGCUUUCAAGGCGGUGGAAGACGGUGAUGAGCGUCCACUGGAGGCCAUGGGCAUGCCCGAGAACGAAUGGCACACGACAGAAUAUAUGCUGGACAAACUGAUAAAGAGUGGAUUCAAAGUGAAGAAAUAAAGCUACUGGUGUCAAGUGUGAAGAAUGGGACUUCCCGGUCACACAGCCCAGUUAUUCGGAUUUGAGUUAACUGACACAUAUCUUAGUGCAAACUCAACUGCGAUUUGCUAAUAAAACCAACCAUAGAGAAAACUGUCCAUAUUUUUGUGCCAUUUUUGAGCUCCAUCCCAAACAAAAGGAACUUCUGGAGAAUAAGAUGGAGCACGGAAAUAAUCAAAACUUUCACACAUGCAUCAUACACACUCAUACACAUGCAACACAGUCUAACACCGACGCAAUGGCAUACCGGUAUUUAUGUUCAAGAUGUUCACUGUCCUAAAAAUCGGUAUUCGUGUUCAUUGUCAUGAAAAUCGGUAUUCAGGUUUUAUGCCAUGGGCACUUCUGUACUCAUGUUCUAGGUGACCUGGAAUAGGUGUUCACAUUCAAAAUAUGGAGAGCCGGUUUUCCUGUUUCAGCUCAUGGGAAACCGAUAUAUUUAUGCUCUACGCAAUUGGAAUUCGGCAUUCACGUUUAAGGUAAAAAGUAAACCGGUAUUCAACUUAAAAGUGGUAUGGAAUAGGUAUUUAUGUUCAAGAUCACGCCAAAACAAGUAAACAUGGUAACGGCCUGAGAAAACUCAGAAAUAAUAUUAAAAGCCAUGUUGCGAAUUAUUAGACACCAGUACUGAGGACCCAGCAAUCAUCUUCAAAAAGUUCUUAAGCAAUAUGGUGUUUUUCUUUGUUUUGUAAUAACUUCUUAUACAGACGUUACUUACUUGUUCUUAUUUCGUGGUCGGUGUAUUCUUUUGAUCGAAGCAAUUCUAUAACUUUAGAGGACUAGUGCAUGACGGUAUACAAACUUGCUUUUUAACUCUACACUUCUGUAAGCUAAGUCCAGAGCCUGCUUGUUUGUAUCAGAACUCCCUGUACGAAACCGUUAUAAUUCGUCCGUUUGUAAAUGGUAAAAAUCACUUCAUGUGAAUUCGUCAAUGAAUAGAUAAAAUUUCAUUGAGAGAUACACCUCACCGUGCUUUCAGAUUUGUAAUGGGCCAUUCCUCUGCGAACUUCCAAUUAACGUUGGUAGCCAAGAGCUGUUGUAAAUGCCUUUAUGUAUAGUCUAUAAUAAAAUCUAUAUUUUGUGCUUCGACGUUACCUGUGGUACUUGUGUCGCU